UCCACAGCCAUGCCUUCGUUCGCACCUACUGUGAAGCUCAACAACGGGCGGAACAUGCCGGCUUUCGGGCUCGGCACCUGGCAGGCAACUCCAGGAGAAGUCAGGGAGGCAGUUAAACACGCAAUCGACGUCGGUUAUCGCCAUAUCGACACCGCUGCUGUGUACCGCAACGAGUCAGAAGUGGGCGAAGCGCUGCAGGAGAAAAUAAAGGAAGGGGCAGUCAAGCGGGAAGAGGUGUUUGUCACUAGCAAGUUGUGGAACACCUGUCAUAGACCAGACUUGGUUGUGCCAACCUGUAAGAAGACAUUAGCAGAUCUUAAGCUAGAUUAUGUUGAUCUUUAUCUUGUACACUGGCCAUUUUCAUACAAGGAAGGGGAUGAUUUUUACCCCUCAGAGAAUGGUAUUGCAAUUACUACUGACAUUGACUAUCUGGAUACAUGGAAACAAAUGGAAGAGUGUGUUAAUUUAGGACUAGCAAAAAGCAUUGGUGUAUCCAACUUCAACAGUAAGCAGCUCAGCAGAUUGCUUGAAGCAGCUACCAUCAAGCCAGUUACAAAUCAGAUUGAAUGUCAUCCUUAUCUUAACCAGAAGAAACUAAUUGAUUUCUGCAAGCAGAGGGACAUAGUGAUAACUGCUUACAGUCCACUUGCGAAUCCAUCUAUGACAAUGCCAGGAGGGGGAGUGCCAUUAUUGGAAAACCCAAAGAUGAAGUUACUUGCUGCCAAGUAUAGGAAGACAGUGGCUCAAGUUGUUCUUAGAUAUGUGUACCAGCUAGGCACAGUUCCAAUCCCAAAGUCCUUUAACAAAAAGAGGAUUGAGGAAAACAUACAGAUAUUUGAUUUUGAGCUCAGUAAUGAUGAUAUGACCUACAUAAAUACAUUUAACAAAAACUACAGGGUCUUUCCAUUUACUGAGGCAAAAGCUUCUAAAUAUUAUCCAUUUCAUGAUGAAUUUUGA